AUGCGAGCGACGCUGCUAGUGCUAAUCGCAGCAUUAGCAUAUGUGUCCCAGGCGUCACGCUAUGUUUUGUACCUGACCGCUCAGCACGAGGUGUACCCUCCAGCGGUUCAUAUCGCGGAUGUGACGCACGUCACACUGGCUUUCAUGAAGUCUUCUAUCUUCAAUGGAAAGCCCCCGUCCAAAUGGCCACUCUUUACCGAUGUUGAAACAGUGCGAAAGAAAUUUCCUAAGAAAGAUCUUGCAGUUCUGAUAGCCAUUGGCGGAUGGGGUGAUACCAGAGGCUUCUCCGCCGCGGCUGCAUCUCAGAUGGGCAGGAAAGCGUUUGCGGAAAACAUCAAGGUAAUGCUUGACUCCACCGGUGCGGACGGAGUUGACCUUGACUGGGAAUACCCGGGCGGCAAUGGUGAAGAUUACAAGCAAAUCACCAAUUCCGAAAAGAGCUGGGAGGUUGGGGUAUAUCCUAAACUUCUCGCCGAGAUCCGAGCUGCCAUCGGACCUGACAAGAUCAUCUCAGCAGCAGUCCCGGGCAAACCUGUCGACAUCCAAGUUGCCUUCACCAAAGAUACGCUCGUGGAGGCCAUGAAGUAUCUAGACUACGUUAACAUCAUGACAUAUGACUUGAUGAACAGGCGUGACAAUGUCACCGCGCAUCACACUGGCAUUGUCAAUUCUCUGAUUGCCAUCGAUACGUAUUUAAACAAUGGCGUUCCUGCUGAGAAAGCGAAUUUGGGAUUUGCUUUCUACGUCAAAUGGUUCCGGACGACAGAAGAGUGCGCUCAGAAGGCCUUGGGCUGUAAGACAGUCGAGAUGGAAGACCCGAAGACAGGCAGGGACCUAGGGCAAAGUGGAGCUUUCUCAUGGCACGACAAAAUCCCAACAGAGCUCAAGAAGUCUUUCGAAAAGGCUGUUCCCAACGCUUUGUACGACGAUGACGGCAACUAUUACUGGGACGCAGAAGAGAAGAUCUUUUGGUCGUGGGAUACCCCUGCUUCCAUGGCGAAGAAGUUUCCAGCCAUCGUUCAGCCUCGUAAGCUUGGAGGCGUUUUCGCGUGGGGAUUAGGAGAGGAUGCCAACGCAUUCAUCCAUUUGAAGACCUUGAAUGCAGUCUUUAGAAAGUAUCUCAAGCUGUAG